AGGUACCAGGAAUAUAUGUAAAGGAAUACAUAUGAUAAAAAGGAAACAGUGAGGGAAACGCAUACAUCUCAAUGCAGAUGUUGGUUUCUAACUCACUAGGAUUGUCUGUGGAGUGAAUUGUUUAUAGAACAUAACUGUACGGUUAUAACUUGGAAGGUGACAUUGAUUACUGCAGUCUAUUAAGUCCAUAAAUGGUGUUGCCCAUAUUAGAUAUUUUACACGUGUGAUAAGAAUAUUGUACUGGUGGAAGAUCUGAUUGUGCUGGCUUAAUUGAUCCUCAACAAUACUAACACAAUUACUUGCUGCUAUUUUUACGCUGCUAUUUCCACCUCACUGUUUGCUGCUCAAAUAUAUAUAUAUAGAGUUUAUUGUCAAUUGCAUUAAGCAUUAUGGGUAACAGCGUGGGAAAGGAUCUGGAUGGUGAGCCAGAGACCAGACCCACACCGUUACAUUUUGUAUCAGGCACCUGUGGGAUUAGUGUAACUGAUCCAUUUUGGGUAAAUAUCUGUGACCGUAGUCAGCAACUGUGUAUUACGCAGAUCAGCAAUGUAGGUCCUCGCAAUGAAGGGGACUGGGAGGAGGUUAAAAAAAUGGUGGGGCUUCACCCUAAAUAUAACUAUCCAGCCGGUGCCUGGGAUGAAAAUUAUAUGAAAACAUGUUUUAAAAAAUGGGAGAAAGCAUUAAAAGAGUAUAGGAAGAGAUUUCCACCAACCCAUCACAUAUACUUAAAACAGGAUAAGGGGACAGUGAGUAAAAAGGAAGAAGUUCCAUGGUCAGAAAUUCUGCCCUCCUUACCAGAUAAACCACCGGCAUAUGACGUGACGGUAUUAGAACCAGAAAAGGCACCACUCCCAGCUGUCUCUACGGAGGACAUGCUGCAAGACCCUUAUGAUAAGGUCCCCUGUCCAAAACAAGCAACCGCACCAGAAUUAUUAUUAUUUUCUGGUGAAAACCAAAAGAGAACCGGACUGUACCCGGAUUUGGGAGAUGGAGAUUCCCUUUUGAGUACUGCAGUUAUAGUGGCAGCAGCACUUAGGGAACAAAAAGAUGUGGCUCCACAAGUCAAAGAGGCUCAGGAAAGGAGGAAGGAAUAUAGAAAAAGUAUGGACAUUUAUGUACAGGAGUUGACACAACUGAGGGAUAAACUAAAGAUAGACAUAGUCUACAUUAAACAACUUCCCCUUCAGGGUUUCCUUCCCGUCGUGUAUAAUCACGAGAACCCAGAUGAUACUGACCUUCCUAGUGAGGAGUAGAAUGGAUGAAAAGAUACAAAGGAGAUUCAGGCUUACACACAAUGCUAAAUACAAAACAAGAGCCGAAAGAGGAUUUUUAUAGUUUCUGUAAGAGACUGUUGGAUCUCUACAGUAGUACAGGGAUGAA